AUGGCCUCAGCCGGGGGCUUGACUCGCCGAAGAGGUGGCGGUCGAGCCACUGGCGGAGACGAGAACGACGAUAGCAGAGUGUCUUCGCCCGUGUCUCGCAAUGGCUCCGCUCUCGACAACCGCGUCCCCGAGACCUCGUUUACCAGCACCGAAAACGGACAUAAGAUCGCCUUCGACCCGAGAGAUAUCAGCGAAACCGAGGAACGGAACAAACAACCCAAACUGACGCUGAUGGAGGAAGUCUUGCUGCUGGGAUUGAAGGACAAACAGGGGUACCUGUCGUUUUGGAACGAGAACAUUUCCUACGCCCUGCGUGGAUGCAUCGUCAUCGAGUUGGCUCUCCGCGGUCGCAUUAGCAUGCAGAAGGAUUCUUCUCGGCGACGAUUUCCUCUGGCCGAUCGCGUGAUCGAGGUCAUUGACGAUACUUUGACUGGGGAGGUCUUGCUGGACGAGGCAUUGAAGAUGAUGAAGUCGAGCGAGAAGAUGAGCGUGAACUCGUGGAUCGAUCUGAUGAGCGGUGAAACGUGGAAUCUGAUGAAGAUUGGCUACCAAUUGAAACAAGUGCGCGAACGUCUCGCAAAGGGCCUCGUCGACAAAGGUAUCUUGCGCACCGAGAAGCGCAACUUCCUCCUCUUCGACAUGGCUACCCACCCGGUCGCCGACGGGGGCGCGAAAGAUGACAUCCACCGUCGGGUUCGCAACAUCUGCAGCAACCGCACCGUGAUCCUGCCCCCCAACACGUGGCUCCCCGAAGACAUUGAAUUCCGGUACCUGCGGACAAUUUCGAUGGUGUGCGCCGCCUAUGCGGCCAACGUCCUGGAGAACGCCCUCGUUACGAUGAGCCAUGAGGCUCGCGAGAGAGCGUUUGCGCAGGUGGAUGAGCUGUUGGCCGAGUACUCGCAGUGGCCCUUUGCUCGGAGGCCGGGUGGUUCUCAGGCCAUCGGUGCCAACUUGGCCCAGGCCAUCAAUGACGAAGUGAAUUCGGGUAAAGACAAAGAACUCCAGUUGGAGAUUGUUGCAGCAUGUUUGAGCGUGUUUACUAGACUCGACUCCUUACUCUAG